AACAAGUAGUCGAGCGGCUAAGAAAUCCGACUUCUCGGAGACGAAUGCACAGUGGAGACUGGAGAGUGGACAGUCCCUUCGGAUAGAGAAAUUUCAGAAUUUGGCGUCGACGACGACUAGCUCGCUCAAGUCCACGCUACCUGCUUCUGGGGGCAAGUGCCCCGGUGCUUUUGGCUUUGGCACGACUAGCCGGCUCACUCGAAGCCAAGGUGGGCAAGUGGAAUAAAGCAGCGUGCUUUCACUCCAGCGAGUAGACUCUAGCUGCGCACGACAUGGCCACAUCAUCCGGGCCGCCGCCGCCGAGCGCCAUGUACGCGCGCAUCAGGACUAUCAUUGCCGAGGCCCGGCUGGACUCCGGCGCCGGCGGCUACGACAACAGCAGCAGCGGCGGCGGUAGCAGCCCGGCCUCGCCCGGCGCCUCGAGCGACGGCUCCAGCAGCGCCGACGAGUUCUGCGCCCAGGAGCAGGGCGAGUUCCGGCGCCACGCCGCCUCCCCGCUCUCCUCCUCCGCCCGCCGCGACGAGCUCGACUUCGACGACCGCGACUUUAUCCGCCAAGUCUCCCUGUCUUCGCCACGCGCCCUCGACGACGUCCACGGGCGCCAGCAGCGCGUGCUCCUCCUCCUCCUCCCGGCCUUCGCCUCUCCCGCCGACGCCGCCGCGCGUGCCGAGGCGCUGUUGCGCUGGCUCUCCGGAUUCGACGUCGCCUGGGUGCUGGACACGGGCGGCUCGUCCGGCGGAGACGAGCGCGCCCUCCCGCGGCGGGAGCUCGGGAGGAGGGUCGGCGCGUGGGCGCAGGCGCUGGGCGGCAUGGAGCGCGUCUUCCGCCUCGGGCACGGCCGAGAGCUCGCGCCCGCGCAGGCAGCCGCUCUGGGGGAGCUCGCGGCCGCGAGCUCAGGCGCGAUGCUGAGGCUGGUGGACGCCGUGGCCGCGCUCGGGAGCUCCCCGUCGAAGCUGCUCGCGGCGCUCGACAUGCACGCCCCGCUCUCGGAGACGUACCCCGUCCUCGCGAGGCUGUUCUCCUGGGGGCCCGACCACCCCGUCCCGGCGGCCGCCGAGGCCGCGCUCGCGGGGCUGGUGGGCGCGGCGCGGCACGGCGGGCGUGACCUCAGAGCGUUCGUGCGCUCCCACUACCCGUGGCGGAUGCCGCAGGGCGGCGAGGUGCACCCGUGCGUGAGGUUCUGGAUGGGCUACUUCCGCUGCAUGCUGCGCAGCCGCGCCUCUCUCCACCUCGUCGUCCUCGGCAGCGACGGCGGCGAGUCGCCGGCGCCAGGCCCCGAGGGCAGCCGCGGGCUGGUUGCGGAGCUGGUCUCGUGCCUGGAGGCCGCGCUCGAGGAGAACGCCGCGGCGCUCGCGUUCCCGGGGCUGCGCCAGGUGUUCAUGCUCAACAACACGCACGCCGUCGCGCGCCGCGCAGCGGGCUCCGACCUCCGGCACUUCCUGCCCCCCGAGUGGCUCCGCGUCCGAGAGGAGCGCAUGGAGGGCCACAUCAAGAGCUACAUGGACGCGUCCUGGGCGCCCGUCGUGUCGCGGCUGGGCGGCGGCGGCCGCCGCUUCACCAAGCAGCCCGCCCGGCGCCGGAGCCCGUUGAGCGCUUUCUACGCGGCGUUUGAGAACGCGUGCGGCGCGCAGAGGUGCUGGAAGGUGCCCGACCCGGCGCUCCGGAGCGUCCUCCGGGAAGCCGUGUCGGAGCUCGUCGUGCCGGCAUACCGCCGGUAUUUGGAGGAGCACCAGGAUGUAAAAGCGGCCGCCGGACGCACCGCGGAGGAGCUGGAGCAGCAGCUCUCCGGCUUGUUUGAAGGAUAGAAGACCUUGGAAUUUUACGCCGCGAUAUUGUUUACCAAAUAAUUUAACAUGACGUAUUAAACGAAAUCUAUUUAUAAAUUUUUUCACGGAUAGCUGCAAGUUUGC